ACGUCAGUUUCUGCACUGAAACUCUCAAGAUCAAUGAGCAAAGAGCUUUCUCAGUUCUGCCUUUCAGUUUCUCUCUUCCAGGAAGGAAAACAUUCGAGAGAGCGAGGGAGAGCGGCGGGAGGGCGGGGGCGGGCGCGCCGGCCGCGGGUGGGAGGAGAGACGGGAGGCCGGCGGGCAGCCCGGGUCGCCGCGCCGCGACCCGCAGACCCCGCCGCCGCUCGGCCCGGCUCCCACGCCCCCGCGCCCCGCACGCGCAACUCUGCCGGCCGCCCCGCCCCGCCCGCGGCGCGCUCGCAGACCCCCGGGGCGGCUGCCCGAGAGAUGCUGGAAGAAACUUCUUAAAUGACCGCGUCCGGCUGCCCGCGGAGCAUUUCUGGGUUGGGGAGAGGAAAGGAAAGUGGAAAAAAACUGAGAACUUCCUGAUCCCUCUCGCUGUGAGACAUGUCUGAGACUCCUGCUCAGUGUAGCAUUAAGCAGGAACGAAUUUCAUAUACACCUCCAGAGAGCCCGGUGCCGAGUUACGCUUCCUCGACUCCACUUCAUGUUCCAGUGCCUCGAGCGCUUAGGAUGGAGGAAGACUCGAUCCGCCUGCCAGCGCACCUGCGCUUGCAGCCAAUCUACUGGAGCAGGGAUGACGUAGCCCAGUGGCUCAAGUGGGCUGAAAAUGAGUUUUCUUUAAGGCCAAUUGACAGCAACACAUUCGAAAUGAAUGGCAAAGCGCUCCUGCUGCUGACCAAAGAGGACUUCCGCUAUCGAUCUCCUCAUUCAGGUGAUGUGCUCUAUGAACUCCUUCAGCAUAUCCUGAAGCAGAGGAAACCUCGGAUUCUUUUCUCACCAUUCUUCCACCCUGGAAACUCUAUCCACACUCAGCCAGAGGUCCUACUGCAUCAGAACCACGAAGAAGAUAACUGUGUCCAGAGGACCCCCAGGCCAUCCGUGGAGAGCGUGCACCACAACCCUCCCACCAUUGAACUCUUGCACCGCCCUAGGUCACCCAUCACGACAAACCACCGGCCUUCUCCUGACCCCGAGCAGCGGCCCCUUCGAUCCCCCCUGGACAACAUGAUCCGCCGCCUCUCCCCGGCCGAGAGGGCCCAGGGACCGAGGCUCCACCAGGAGAACAACCACCAGGAGUCCUACCCCUUGUCAGUGUCUCCCAUGGAGAAUAAUCACUGCCCGCCAUCCUCCGAGUCCCACCCGAAGCCCUCCAGUCCCCGGCAGGAGAGCACCCGAGUGAUCCAGCUGAUGCCCAGUCCCAUCAUGCACCCUUUGAUCCUGAACCCCCGGCACUCCGUGGAUUUCAAACAGUCCAGGCUUUCUGAGGAUGGGCUGCACAGGGAAGGGAAACCCAUCAACCUCUCUCAUCGGGAAGACCUGGCCUACAUGAACCACAUCAUGGUCUCCGUGUCCCCGCCUGAAGAACACGCUCUGCCCAUUGGGAGAAUAGCAGACUGCAGACUGCUUUGGGAUUACGUCUAUCAGUUGCUUUCUGACAGCCGGUACGAAAACUUCAUCCGAUGGGAGGACAAAGAAUCCAAAAUAUUCCGGAUAGUGGAUCCCAAUGGACUGGCUCGACUGUGGGGAAACCAUAAGAACAGAACAAACAUGACCUAUGAGAAAAUGUCCAGAGCCCUGCGCCACUACUACAAACUAAACAUUAUCAGGAAGGAGCCAGGACAAAGGCUUUUGUUCAGGUUUAUGAAAACCCCAGAUGAAAUCAUGAGUGGCCGAACAGAUCGACUGGAGCACCUUGAGUCCCAGGAGCUGGAUGAACAAAUAUACCAGGAGGACGAGUGCUGAAGGCAGCCACACGCCACCUGGGCGGGCUGAGGGCGAGGGAGCCCCUGCCCACCAGGAUCACUGGAGGCUUGAUAAAGCUGGUGGGCUGAGGCCGGCUGGAAAGGAAGAGACCCAGCGAUGGCAGGAACACUUCUCUUGCAGACCAAGAGGGACCCCAGAGCACCUUAGACAAACCACCCGGCAAAGGCGGGGCUGGAAUUCUGGCGGAGGGCACGAGCCUGGGACUCGCGAGUCACGUUUCCUUCUUUGGAAUCUGUCCACCUGUAAUUCCUCACCCUCACCCUUCCACCUGUUGUUAGUCUUAUGGUGUUUUUGUUUUUUGUUUUUUUUUUAAGAACCUGCAGUUUGACUUUUCAUCGUUCAUAUAAGGGAAGACAUCGGAGGUUGUUUUCCUAUGGAAAUAUAUAUCUAUUAUAUAUAUAUUUUUUGCAAAUCUCACAAAGUACAGCCAGCCCAGCUGGUCAGGAAAGAAUACUUGCAGAAGGGAUCAGGUUCCUCUUUUUCCUGCCAUGUGGAUCAGGUUUGUUUCUGUUGCAGUUGGGUCUUGGCUGAAAAAAGAAAAAAAAAAAAAAAAAAAGAUGCUUUUAAAAAAUGAUCACACGAGAAGGAGAGCUCUCUUUUUCAUUCUUGCUCACCUUCCUUUUCUGGCUCCCCUGUGUCCCGCCCCCCCAACCCCUCCGCCUGCUGUUGCACUUCACAUGCCUUUCAGCCGAGUUCAGUCUCCUGCAGAAUCUUGGGGAUUCUUGGCACCUAAAUAGAAUCAGUGACCUGGGUGCUUUGUGUCCAGCAGCCAAAAUUAGACCCCUAUGCCAGCAUCUGGCCACCCAUCUGAGGGAGGCCAGAACCCUCACAGAUGCUGCUGUACUCCAGAAAGAUAAGUGCUAUUCCAGCAGGCCGUCCCUGAGAUGACGGUGAGAACCAACCAGCUACAGCGUCAGAUAAGGCAAGUUGUUUGGAAGGCCCCCCGGCUGCUUGGGAUUAGCUUUGCAAGUGCUGCAAAUACAAAAAGACCACACAGGCCUGGCAGUCCAGAGACUGGGCAAAAAUAUUUCUACAGUGGAGAUUUGUUUUUGUGAAACAGGUUAUUGAAAAAGAAAAGCUCCUCUCUGCUCCAUUCCAGAGGCCAUCUUGUGGUCAGUUUCCCACAGCACCUGAUCUCCCCACCGCCCACCCCCACUUCCUAGCCUUUUUAAAGUUUCCUGGUCCCCACUGAACACAGAACAUUUGUGAGGGGAGUACUCCAGAAUGGAGUCCCAGAUGCAGCCAGGGUCUGCCCGGCCUGGGCAGAAAGCAAGUUCCUCAGAUCCAUUACUUUCUCCUUCCUUCACCGUUGUAUUUCAGAACGGAUCCAUUCCUGGCUCUUUUUCACCUCUCAAAAUAAGGUUGGUAGUGUCUUACAAAAGGAGGGUCGUGCCAUCUUAGUACUUCUGUUGAUAACAGAUUUUUCAGAAAACUGUUUUUAGAUUUUUUUCUUCCUUUUCUAGCCAUCCACAUUAACUCUUCCAUUAUAGAUUCGAAUAUCCAAUUUGGGGAAUACCGUCUUUUUUAAUUCAGAAAAUUAGACCUGCCUUGAAAAGCACCCCCUCCCCAUUCCUCCCUGUUUCCUUGGCUCCUCCAUUGGGUUAGCGUCUCUCAGCUCUCUGAGGUACUUAUAUGCUCCACCAGCAGCAGUUCCCUGUGAAGCUGGCAGGCCCCAGGCUUGUCCUCCUGCCAUUUCUGAGUUGAGUUGGGGGCACACAAGCAAGAGGAAUUCCCCCUGGGCCUUACUGAAAAGGAUACCAGCCUGGGGUGGGGGGCAAUAGAUGAACUAUGGUUCACAGACACUGGAAUUGAGGAGCCGAUCUGGGCUCAUUAGUCUCGCUCUGUCCCUGCCUCUUACCAGACCACAGGUGGCGGCCAGCCUCCUCUUACUGUCACUUCCUUCCCCCAUUCUGCUUUCUGUGUGAGCCUAGAGGGCCUCAUUGUGAAGGGUUCAGUCUCAAUCUGCUUGAAGGGGGGUGUGAUUCUGCUGGAUUCCAGCAGCUGUGAAUGUCUUUCAAGAGUGUUCAGGUGAUAUAUUUUCAGCCUCUAAGAUGACUGGUACUAUAUCUCAAAUGGAGAGAUUAAGCCGAAUACCUGGUGUGAUCUGAAAGUCACCAAGUUUAAGAACUGGAGAGAAAGGAUGGACUUUUUACCGAGGUUCUUAUAUGAAUAUGAAAACAGACCAGGGCAUGAUGUUCCUUUUCCCUGAGAUGAGAACAUCUCAUUCUGGCCACUUUACCCAAGUUUCUGAACUCAGUCUCUUACCAUUCCAAGUCUUACAGAUGAAAAAUGGAGGGAAAUGCCUUUUUGCCCCCUAGGAUUUCUGUAUUCAAAGCAAUAUCUUAUAAAUAUGUAAGACUUAGGAUGACUUCUCCAGCCACUUGAAGUAGAGAUGCUAAUUCCAAUAUAAUCUUAAUUUCCCAUUCCAACAUUGCCAAUAAUGAUUUUUCUCUUGAUUCCCUUCACUGCAAAAGUCCUUGUUCUUUGAGAGAAGAGCUGGACAGUCCGAUACCAGAGUUACAGUAUUGACGUACUGCAGAUCCUGAAGAUUUCACAUUCAAUUUAUCAAACCUCAGGGAAUCGCCUAACAGACAUUGUGAGGGAUUCAAAGAUGAACCAGGCACAAUCCCUCCCCUGAGAGUUUAGAUUCUACCUACAGGAUCGUCCAGCGUGAAAUUUCUCAGUUCAACACUAAGGACUAGCAGUGAUGAAAAUUUCACCCCAGACUAAAUUAAAAGUUCAUGUAUCAUCUGAAUAGUUGGCCUUUCUCUGUGGCCGUCAUGGGAACUCGUAGCCCACAAAAUCUGAAGUCAGGAAAGGAAAAUGCAGAGGGGCACUGCUGUGUGAAAGGUGGACGCUCUCGCUCGUGUCUUGGAAUUCCCUUUCCCCAAAUCAUGAGUUCACUGAGCUGUCUCCUUCUGUCAGAAGAGAGCAGUGGUAGCUGGCUACAUGGGUCCUGUCGAAGGUAAUAACAUGUCUCUCAGAUAUGCUUGAUCCAAGGCCACUUGGUCUUGCCCUUAGGCAGCAUUGCCAAUGUUCCAAAUCCCAUUUGGAGGUCCCCCACAAGAAAAGAGGAACUGAGGGAUUUUCUCCUUUCAACCAUCUCUUUAAAAUCCUCUGAUCAAGGGCUGAUACCUUAUCCAACUAAAAAUGUCCCUUUAGCUGAAAUUUAAGUGGCUACAACAGAAUUGGUCAAAAUGACUAAAUAACCCCCAUGUCCAUCCUUCCCUGCCUAGGCUCCAGCCCUGGAUAUGUUUUUGAACCAUUAACUGCCAUUUGCAGAAAGGAAGCCUGAGUAUCAGAGAGGUAAUGUCACCAUUGGAGCAGAUAAUAUGGCAGGGACAGAAUUAGGAUUGGGAUCCAGCUUGACCACUCCCCCAUUUGACCCAUUAUCACCCAGGAAACUGAAGAUAAGAGAUUUGGAAAAACAGACAAAGAACAAAGGGUAGUUUUCUUUCCCUAAGCAUUCGGUGCUAGUCAGAAGCUUUCAUUCACUCAGUCUGCUCCUUUUCUGAGCAUAAACCUAGAAUAAAGGAAGUGAUACAAGGAAGCCAGAGGGAUGGGGGAGGGAGGGACACCCAAUAAUCCCUGUGUUGUCAGAACCACAAAAGACUAACCUGAUACUCUUUUGGCCCCAUCUGCAUCAACACUAAACAACUGCAAACUCCCUGCGUCUUUCACACAUGUCAAGUGAACAUUCUCUGUGACUACACCCACCUGCAAACCAGAACGAAUCUAGAAUGAAUUUUUUUUUUUUUUGGUCUAGUUUCUAAUCUCUUGUUUAUGAGGUGUGGGGUUUAUAAGGGACUGAAUCAAAUGAAUGUAA